UCUCACGCACGCCGUGUAGUUUUGGUGUGAGUGUUGUGAUGCUAGCAUGCCGCAGCGUUUCAGGGCGAACAUGUGAGCUUUAGCAACAUUUCUACAUAUUUUUUAUAGCGGUUAUAUAUACUUUCACUACACGGCAACCAAGGCAACAGCGCGGCGAACAUGGCGGGAGUUAUCCGGCGGCUGGACGAGACUGUUGUCAACCGGAUAGCUGCAGGAGAAGUCAUCCAGCGACCUGCUAACGCCAUCAAAGAAAUGAUUGAGAACUGUUUGGAUGCCAAGGCCAGCAGCAUCCAGGUGACGGUGAAAGAGGGCGGACUGAAGCUGAUCCAGAUCCAGGACAACGGCACUGGCAUCAGGAAAGAGGACAUGGAGAUCGUGUGUGAGCGCUUCACCACCAGCAAACUGCAGACCUUCGAGGACCUUACAAGCAUUUCUACCUAUGGAUUCAGAGGAGAGGCACUUGCCAGCAUAAGCCAUGUUGCUCAUGUGACCAUAACAACCAAAACCGCCGAUGCCAAGUGUGCCUACAGAGCCAGCUACAGUGAUGGGAAACUAAAAGCCGCUCCCAAACCCUGCGCUGGAAACCAGGGAACACAGAUUCUUGUGGAGGAUCUUUUCUACAACGUCUCCACCAGGAGGAAGGCCUUAAAGAGCCCCAGUGAGGAGUACUCCAGGAUCGUGGAGGUGGUCAGCAGGUAUGCCAUUCACAACUCAGGGAAAAGCUUUUCUGUGAAGAAGCAAGGAGAGACGGUGGCGGAUGUGAGGACUCUACCCAAUGCGUCCAUAGUGGAUAACAUCCGGGGGGUGUUUGGCAAUGCAGUCAGCAGGGAGCUGAUCGAAGUCGGCUGCGACGAUCAGAAACUCGCCUACAAGAUGAAGGGAUACGUCUCAAACGCAAACUACUCAGUCAAGAAGUGCAUCCUGAUCCUCUUCAUCAACCAUCGUCUUGUGGAGUCCAGCGCCCUGAAGAAAGCCAUCGAGACGGUUUACGCUGCGUAUCUCCCCAAGAACACGCAUCCUUUCCUCUACCUCAGCCUGGAGAUCGCUCCACACAACAUCGACGUGAAUGUUCACCCCACAAAACACGAGGUGCACUUCCUGCACGAGGACUGCAUCAUCGAGAGCGUCCAGAAGCACGUUGAGAGCAAACUGCUGGGCUCCAACUCCUCACGCACCUAUUUCACACAGACUUUACUGCCGGGGCUGUCGGUCUCUGCGGGCGGCGAGGUCAAGUCCUCCUGCGGCUCCACGGCCGAGUCGGCAGAGCGCGUCUACGCUCAUCAGAUGGUCCGGACCGACAGCCGAGCGCAGAAGCUGGACGCCUUCCUGCAGCCGAAGGAGAGGCCGCCUCCUAACCCCGAGCCUCCUGCUCCCGGCGGCAGGGAGGCGGCUGCCGAAAAGCCCCGGCCCGCCGCCGCAGACGUGGACGAGAUGGACGAUGUGGAGAUGCUGGAGGCCGCGGCUGAGCAGGAAGCAGCGGAUCCAGACGACAGCGGAGAAUCCGGCUCCAACAUUCAAGACGUUCCCAGGAAGCGUCCCAGGACAGAGCAGCAGCAGCAGCAGCAGGAAGAGGAGCAGGAGGAGCAGACGGCUGCAGCCACACCCAAGAGACGAGUUAUCAAACUGACCAGCAUCAAGGAGCUGAGAGCCGAGAUCACUGAGAACACACACAAAGGUCUUCAAGAUAUGCUCCAGAAUCACUCGUUUGUGGGCUGUGUCAACCCUCAGUGGACUCUGAUCCAGCAUCAAACCAAACUGUACCUGCUCAACACCACCAAACUCAGUCAGGAGCUUUUCUACCAAAUUCUGAUCUACGACUUCGGGAACUUCGGUGUGCUGAGAUUAUCUACGCCGGCUCCAGUUUACGACCUGGCCAUGCUCGCUCUGGACUCCGAGGAGAGCGGCUGGACGGAGGAGGACGGGCCCAAGGAAGGCCUGGCGCAGUACAUCGUGGACUUCCUGAAGAAGAAGGCCGAGAUGCUGGAGGACUACUUCUCCGUGGAGAUAGACCAGGAGGGGAACCUAACCGGCCUGCCGUUGUUGCUCGAUAAAUUCACUCCGGUCAUGGAGGGGCUCCCCAUGUUCAUCCUGCGCCUCGCCACUGAGGUGAACUGGGACAACGAGAAGGAGUGCUUCAGAGACUUCAGCAAGGAGUGCAGCCACUUCUACUCCAUCAGGAAGCAGUACAUCCUGGAGGCCGAGCCGCGAGAGGAGCACAAGGAGGCUGAGCUGAACUGGCGCUGGAACGUCGAACACGUCGUCUUCAAGGCUUUCCGAAACCUCUUCAGUCCCCCGAAGCAGUUCAGCGAGGACGGCAGCGUGCUGCAGAUCGCCAACCUGCCCGACCUCUACAAAGUGUUUGAGAGGUGCUGAGGCCGGAAAAUCAACGAGACAGGCUGCUCCAAGUUUUUAUACGUCAUGUAAUAUUAGUGUUGUAAAUAAAAAGCUUUGUAUGAACGA